AUGGAGAGAUUGGGGCAUAUUAGAGAGAGGGAAAUCAGGCAAGGGAAUUGGAAGCCCAUAUAUGUUGGGCAUAGAGGACCGGGUGUGUCUCAUUUAUUCAAAGCUGAUGACCUUUUCUUAUUUGGUCGAGCCACAGAGGAUCAAGCCAACGUUAUUAAGAGAGUCUUGGAUGAAUUUUCCCAUGCAUCGGGUGCUAAAGUGAGCCUUGAAAAGUCGCAACUAUUUCUUUCUCCUAGUGCAGCAAAGGGGCAGGCAAG